AUGAAAAUACCGUUACCCUUGCUAUCAAGGCCUGUCAAGGGGACCCCAAACCCGGAUGCCAAAUUCACGGUGACUUAUACUACGAUUCUUGCUUUUUGUACGAAUCACGAAGAUUUUCUAUUUGGAUUACAACUGCAUUCUCUUAUAUUUAAGUCAGGUUUAGAUGGUGAAGUUUCUUCACAAGUUACUCUCAAGAGGGAAAUCAUGGGCUUGAGGCGAUUUUUUGUCUUUAUUGAGAUGGUGGGAGAAGGGAUGGGGUUUGAUCAUGUCUCAUUUACUAGUGCCGUUUCAGCUUGCGGUCAUGAAAUGAAUUUAAAACUUGUGAAACCGAUACAUGGCUUGACAAUUAAAUCAGGAUAUGGAAGUCAUGUUUUAGUUUGUAAUGUAUUGAUCUCGACAUAUUCAAAGUGUGAGGUUACUGAAGAUGCAAAAUUAGUCUUGCAGUGCAUGAAUGAUUGCAACGUAGUGUCUUGGACAACUAUGAUUUCAAUAGACGAAGAAGAUGCCAUCUCUCUAUUUAAUGAGAUGAGAUUGGAUGGAGUAUAUCCAAAUGAUGUUACAUUUGUUGGACUAAUCCAUGCUAUAUCAAUUAGGAAGUUGGUGGAGGAAGGCGAAAUGAUUCAUGGGUUUUGCAUAAAGACUGGCUUUUUAUCAAAGCAUAAUGUUUGCAACAGCUUGAUCACCAUGUAUGCUAAGUUUGAGUCCAUGCUUGACUCCAUCAAAGUUUUUGAGCAGUUAAACAGUAGAGAAAUCAUAUCGUGGAAUGCUUUGAUUUCCGGGUAUGCUCAGAACACGGGUUGUGUCAAGAUGCACUAA